AUGCUAAGGGACGUGAAUGUGCACAUUCUUCCGUGCUUAAUAGAGUAUAAUGGGAAGACUGAUGUGAGAGAACGCUUUGAGAAGCGAAUAAAUUCCUUAAAGGAAGAAGAUUCUAACCCAGACGCUAUUGAUGGAAAUCGCACGAUAAAGGACAUUUGUGGAGAAGUAGUCGAUGCCGCAAACUUUGAUGUAAAGGUGACUGAGCAGUGUGUAGGCGACGUCUACGCUUCCAUGAACAAGAUUGACGAUUUUUUGAAGAAGGAUAGGUUCAAUACACUCUUCCGUGGUAGAGAAUUGCGCGGGAAGGAGGUAAAUUUGGAGAAAAUGGGCUACAGCAUGUCCGUUGUGAGCUCAUCGGAAUCGCAAAGGGUCCAUGAUUUCCUAAAGAAUGAAGGGAUUUCCUGCAAAAAGCUGACCAAAACAGCAAAUAUAGACCCAGUAACAAUUUGGGACUUGGAGACUGACAUUAGUCCGAAUAAUCAAAACCUCGUAGGCUACAAGUAUCUACUCAUAUCUCCAUCUAUUGCAGACUAUAGCGGGGAACAAGAGUAUGUGAAUAGUCAUCUUAAAACUUAGAAUCGCUGAUAUUUAGCGCAUGCUUCAUCAUUUCAUACGAUAUUGUAUUGUAUAGCGAUGGAUCAUCUUUUAACAUUUCUAAUGCGAGCCUUAAAAUUCUCGGAUACAGAGAUUUAUCGUUUAUCUUGUGGAAUCCAUAGGCAACUAGUCCCAGUUCCCUAAAGGAUAAUACAUUUUCCAGUCU